GGGGGCUGUCUCUUUAAGCGCUCCGGAGGGGUUGGGGCCAGAGGGCGGCAAGCGCGUUGCCAUGGCACCAGGACUGCGGGGGCUGCAGGACCGCUGGGCCCGCUGGUCUCCAGUUGUCUCCGGCAAUGCAGAGGCUGUGCAGCUCUUGGGCUACAGCUCCUGGGGUUGGCUUAGCCGGCCACUACUAGCACGCGCUCGCUUGUUGCCUGUGUCGCUUGCUGGGGUCGAACUGCUGCCGCGCCCUGCUCUGCAAGACGCACAUAGCGGUCCUCGAGAGCGAGCCCGGUACUUGCAACUUCUGCCUGGCGAGCCCAACUUCUGCGCGGGAUUCGGACUUGCAGAUCCCAAGCGGCGCACCGCGCGCAGUUGGGGCGGUGUCCCUACCGGCUCAGCCUCAACGAGAUGACCUCCCCACUGUGGUUCUGGUGCUUCUGCGUCUGGGCCGCCGAUCACUGGCCGCCAGGAAGCGCCCUACAGCUCCAGCCCGGCAUGCCAAAUGUCUGCGAGGAGGAGCAGCUGGUGGUGGUAAGACUGUCACGCCCGUGCUCCCAAGCUUUCGUAGGCACCGUCAAGUUCUGGAAACAAGGCUGCACAGGCCCACGGUGGUGUGUGGCCUAUGAAAGGAGGACCCGCUACUACACCGUCUACAGGCAGGUGUACACCACAGAACACCAGACGGUCUUCAGAUGCUGCCCUGGUUGGAGCCGAUGGGAUGAUGAGCCAGGUUGCCUCUCCUCUGUGGCUUCUCUGGGAACCCAUUUCAGUGGAAGGCAAUGCUCGGACGGGAAUGAUCAACGGUGUCUCUGCUCACAAGGGUUUCAGGGACCCCACUGUCAAUAUGAUAUAAACGAAUGCGCUAUUGACAAUGGUGGCUGUCAAGACCAAUGCUGCAAUACGAUUGGCAGUUAUUACUGCAGAUGUCACGCUGGCCAAAAGCUGGAGGAAGAUGGCAGAGGAUGUGAAGACAUCGAUGAAUGUGCGGUGGUGAACGGAGGCUGCCAGCAGCGCUGUAUUAACACUCUGGGCACCUUCCACUGCGUGUGUGAUACAGGCUACAGACGCCAUGCUGACGAACGCACCUGCAUAAAGACAGACCCCUGUGCAGGAAGGAAGGAAUGUGCUCACCUCUGCCAAAGCGAGAACGGUGUGGCCAGGUGUGCCUGUCAUGCCGGGUACCAGCUGUCUGCAGACAAAAAGGCCUGUGGAGACAUAGAUGAGUGUUCUGAAGAGCCUACUCCCUGUGCUCAUCUCUGUGUGAACUCAGAGGGGUCCUUCACGUGUGCCUGCCACCCCGGCUUUGAGCUAGGAGCUGACGGGAAACACUGUUACCGAAUUGAACUGGAGAUUGUGAAUAGCUGUGAGAAGAACAAUGGGGGUUGCUCUCACCACUGCGAACCUGCGAUUGGUGGACCCCGUUGCUCCUGUAACCAUGGACAUCGACUCGACGCAGAUGAGAAGACAUGCAUAGACUUUGAUGAAUGUGAGAGUGGAGAUGCCUGCUGUGCCCAGCUCUGCAUCAACUAUUCAGGAGGCUACGAAUGCGGCUGUCAGGAAGGCUUUCGGAUCAGUUCGGAUGGCUGUGGAUGUGAUGAUGUGGACGAGUGCCUGGAUGUCAGUGUGGACUGUGACCAGCUGUGCAUCAACUCCGUGGGGACAUAUGUCUGUGCCUGUGAAGAAGGAUACAGAAUCGGCAGUGAUGGAAGAACCUGUCUCUAUGAUGAUCAGUUAGAAGAGGAAGAAGAGGUACUAGACAUCCUGAGGUUUCCAGGACUUCUGGUUGAAAACUCGCCUAGGCCAUUCCCUUACCUCGCCCAUUCUCUGACUGCUUCCUAUGAAGAUGAAGAUGAUGAAGAAGACCAGGAAGCAGAAGAGUUCCAGGGUCUGACAGCCUUGCACAGAGAGGUUUGUUCAGAUGGCACCUUUGGCCUGGACUGCAGCCUGAGCUGUGGCGACUGCAUGAAUGGAGGUAGAUGCCAACAAGGAGAGAGUGGGUGCUUCUGUCCUGAAGGCUGGACUGGCAUUCUUUGCAAUGAAAGCAACACCCUAACAACUGGUGAGGACCAGUCAGCUCCUUUGGGAUGCCCAAAGGGGUUCUUUGGGAAGAACUGCAAAAGAAAAUGUCACUGUGCCAACAACGGCCAUUGCCACAGGGUGUAUGGUGCCUGCAUAUGCGACCUAGGGCGCUAUGGAAGAUUCUGUCAUCUCAGUUGUCCCAGGGGGACGUAUGGAACUGCCUGUUCUUUGGAAUGUCAGUGCGUGGAGGAGAACACCCUGGAAUGCAGUGCCAAAAAUGGUAGUUGCACCUGCAAAUCUGGUUACCAAGGAAACAGAUGCCAGGAAGCCUGCCCUGACGGCCUCUGGGGACCAGAAUGCCAGUUUUCCUGUGGACUCUGUGAAAAUGGAGGUCGUUGCAACGGAGAGUCUGGAAGCUGCGACUGUGCCCCUGGUUACACAGGAAAAUCCUGUGCCAUGUUCUGCCCACCAGGCACGUACGGGAAAGACUGUAACCAGAUAUGCCAGUGUUCAGCAAGGAACGAAGACUGUCAUCCAGUCACAGGAAGAUGUACUUGUCUGCCUGGCUACCAUGGAAACCACUGUCAGUUCCGGUGCCCAGAAGACACUUAUGGUCCAAACUGCCAAGAGACAUGCAAGUGCCAGAAUGGAGGUCAAUGUGAGAGCACACUUGGCACCUGUACCUGUCCUCCUGGCUUCGUUGGAGCAGACUGCAGUCAAACUUGUCCUGAAGGUCAUUAUGGACAGGAUUGUGUCCAACGGUGUUUCUGUGGCUCAGGAAAGUGUGACCCAGUAACAGGAAGGUGUCACUGUCCACCCGGCCUGAUGGGAUCCAGGUGUCAGCAAGGCUGUCCCCAGACUAACUAUGGCACCAACUGUGAGCUCAAAUGUAUGUGUAGAAAUGACGGACUCUGCAAUGCUGAGGAUGGAAGCUGCACCUGUGGCCUGGGGUGGACCGGGGAGCGCUGUGAGAAAGGUUUUCUGCCUCAAAUUAAGAUUGUUUGGCAUGUUCUCCUGGUAACUAUGGCCCAGACUGCAAGUUUAAUUGCUCAUGUCAGAAUGGUGGUGUUUGUAGCAGGCUGUCUGGGGCCUGUGAGUGCCCCGAAGGGUUCUACGGACGAGGCUGUGAACAUGAAUGCCCUCCUGGAUUUCAUGGUUUUAAUUGUGCUCACACCUGUGACUGCCAGAAUGGAGCCAGCUGUGAUGUAGGAAGUGGACAGUGUGUUUGCCCAGCAGGUUUCCAUGGCAACCAUUGUGAGCAAGAAUGUCCUCCCGGAACAUUUGGGGACAAUUGCCAACAAUCUUGUGACUGUGAAGGAGAAAGUUCUUGCCACCCAGCCACAGGAAAAUGCCUCUGCCCACCAGGGAGGGCAGGAACCAGAUGUGAAACAGAAUGCCAGGCAGGCCACUAUGGACCCGACUGCAGGCUGCGGUGUGAAUGCUCGCACGGAGCUCGCUGCAACCCAGUCAAUGGCGGCUGUGCCUGUCCCAGGAGGAGAAUGGGCCCAACCUGUGAGGAGACUGACUCGCCUCCUCCACAGCCAAAGACCCACAGCUCUUCCGAAGGUGAAUAGAAUCUCUUUUGCAGUGCCUCACGAUUUUUCAUCGUAACAGGAAAACACACAGUCCCUGGCCUCCUUCCCGACGUGGAGCAUCAGGAAGUGAAAAGGUGCCACCUCCAGUUUGCCACCUCUGUGCUCAGUUCUCCAGCCCAACCUGCGAACUUUUUUUUCCCUGAAGGACACACUCCAAAAAGAGAAAGGGAAAGGAAAAGGAAAAAAAGUAUUUGUUCAGGAUCCGAACCACAGUAACAUUUGAACUAAUAAAGGAUGCUUUUUAGAAAAUUUGUGCCGGCAGUAUUUGAAUUGGGAAGGGAAAACUGCUUCGCAGUGCAGGUUGGGCUGCCCUGAAAUAUUCACACCUAUUCACUGAAAACCCCAGUGCCUUAAGUAGCUGGAUCCUUUAGAAAGGGCUAGAAUUCCAUCCAUUUGCUUGCAGAACCUACUUCCCGGUAACUCUGCUGCAGACUUCAAACACACUGCAUUUUGUACAUGACUUUUAAUGUGGGGGAUUAUUAAGAUUUUAGCCCAUGGAGGUGGGGAGCAGAAUAAAAACAUGACACGCAUAUGAACAGUGAGUCAUGAAAAUGUUUAGUGAUGUUUUCCGUCUCCAGCCAGCACACAGGGAAAACAAGGGCAGAGCUGAUGGGGCCAAGACCUGACUGCCUCUGGGGAUGCUCCGUUUCCCGUAAUUCAGGAAUAAAUUGAAUAGCCUUAAAAUCCAAAUUACUCAUCAUUUCCAGCAGCUCCCAGUCUUUUAUGAGUGGAAGAUAGAUAGGCAUUUUUCAGAAUCCUGGCUAAUCAUAUUAGUAAGUAAUAACUUUGUCGACUGAAAAUGCUGCUCAAGAAUUUUCAGGAUAAAAACAGAGACUUUGACUAUUGAAAUUAUAUGACUAGAGUUUAUUUUUGUGGAAUGACUAGAGUACCUUUGAAAAUUCAAAACUGAUUUUGGAUAAAAUUGCUGGAAAGAUCUAUGAAGAAUGCUUGCUGUUGUCAAUUCAGCGGCGUCGUUGGUUUGCGUGCACCCUUGACUCCUGCAGCUGUUUUUGUGUCGUUCUGGGGCGGAAAGGCAGAGCCUCUUCCAUACCAAGCAUGCGCUUUGCUGCUGAGCGGCUGCCUUCACCCUUUCUCAGCACAUCAAAACAUGUGUAACAUGCCUGCUGAAGGAAGAUGUGGCAAACUAAAGGUUACUAGAUGAUAUACAGGCUUUGAUGAGCUCAUUCUCUAUCAGUUUAAUCUCACCCUGAAAGAGGCAUGUUCAACUUAUUUUCUGUUUUCUCCAUAUUAGCAAUUUAAGUUGUAUAUUUUCAAGCAUUGAGCUACUUUGGUCAGCAGUAAUGCUACAGCUAACGGUUCAGAUUAGCUGAAAGGCGGGCUCUAUUCUGAACACUUUGCCCAUUUCCUUACCAGGGGUUUUCAAGUCUCUCUGAAAUGUUACCUUUGUAAUCCUCAGAGCAAUCAGCAUAAAAGGCAGUAGGAGGGUUGGGGGAUGGCUGAGCAUUAGCAUUUGGGAGAGUAUGGGUCCUUCAACAUGGCUUAAAUAUGGCUCUGUGGUGCACUGGAUAACACAUUGGACUUCUACUAACAAAAACCCAGUUAAAAGCCAGCUGAGCACAGCAGCUAUGUGCAGUACUGGGUUAGCAUCCCUCUCUUGCUCUGGACUCCUACUUCACCAUUUGCUAAAGACUGCGGCUGUAACGGGAGGAGCACAGAAUUGCAUUUCCUGUCCUCACUUGAGGUUUUCUCUCCAUUGAGAGAGAAGACAGACUCUGGAUUUAACGAGGAAAAGCAAUGAAAUUUCUUUCUGCCUGUAUUUGCUUUUGAUACAUAAUACCCGUGUCUUUGCAAAUGAGAAGCUGUUAGUAAAAUGUUAAGCACAAUUCUGGGAAAACGUCAGAUGGUUCAUAUAUUA